UCUCUAAUUUUAAUUGUCUCCGUGUUUUUGACCUUCCUCAACCAUGUCGUCGGCGAAACUUUUCGGUUGUUCUAUUAACGUUGAAGCAGAGGAAGAAGGUGGUGGUGGCAGCUCAAUCGCCGUGGAGGUUUCUCGAUCUGGUAUCCAACCGGGUUGCGAAGCUAUGAGUUUGUCUAAUCAGAGGAUUAUCCGCGAUUGCAAUACAUAUUUCAAUUUCUUAGACUCGAAUUCAGAUUCUGAAUCGGCUUCUAUGGAUGCAGAACCCGAAUUCAUCGAUUUCUUCGAUCGAGAGUCGUAUGAUGUCGACACGGUUGGUGAAUUUUGUUUAAGUUCGAAUCAGAGGGCAUGUACUUCAGGUUUUUUCAAUAUUUGGGAGGAGGAUGUAGAAUUAGAGCUUGGAAUCGGGUUAGCUUCAGGUUCAGGGUCAGGGUCAGGGUCAGGGUCGGGUCAGUUAUGUGAUGAUUCAGGUGGGGUUUGGGUUCCUAGGGAAAAUGAUUCGGGUCGGGUCGAAUCUGGUACGGGUGUUACUCCUGUUGAGUAUAAUCUCUUUGGUGAAGAAGCUAUGGUGGUUGAUGAAGAAUUGGAAUGGGAGAAUUCGCAUAACGCGAUCAACUGGGUUCAAGAGCCUGUCCAAGUUAGUCUGGAGGAAGAAGAAGAAGAAGUAAUGGAAUUUUUUUUAGCAUCCAGUAUUGAUGAUGCCUUUCAUCUAUCUUGGGAUAACAUUACAGAACCUGCUGCUAUGGAUUUGGAUAUUGAUUAUUGGCUAGAUAGUAUAAAUGUACAUCAUGUAGAUUACAAUGCUAUUAUAGGACAAAUGUUUGAUAACGAAGCUGGAACCAUGGGAAGUCCUCCUGCUUCCAAAAGUGUAGUAAAUGAUCUUCCUGAUGUGGACUUUACCAUUGAAGAAUUAAGCAAUGGGAACAUCGUUUGCGCAAUCUGCAAAGAUGAAGUUGUGGUUAAGGAGAAAGUUAAGAGGCUUCCUUGUAAGCAUUACUUUCAUGGAGAAUGUAUAAUACCUUGGUUAGGGAUAAGGAAUACAUGCCCGGUUUGUCGGUAUGAGCUACCUACUGAUGAUCUGGAAUAUGAAAGGCAUAGGAGAGCAUGAAGGCGCGGUAGCAGCGGUUUGGCAAGGGAGUCGAUGUUCCGGGUUGAAAAAGUAAAUUUGCUUUAUGUCUUCGGUAAUGUCUCAUCCGUAACGAUCUGUUACUGGUUGAUAUGAUGUAUAUAUUGGUUCUAGAUAAUAGGAAGAAUACAUUUGGAGCCAUAUC